GUACGCUCAUAUCCAGCUAGGCUCCUCCAUCCACGUGUCCCCUUCUGCUUCUCCACAUCGAACCCGAAGCACCUUGUUUCUGUCUCCACAGCCCGCCACGUGUCCCGAGAUUUCCCAGUCAGCGAUGCUUCCUAUAAUAACACCUCCUCACUCUCUGCAUGAUAUCUUCAAGUCGUCCCCUUCAUCCUUAAACAAAACCACUUUCCUCUGUUUCUUUCUACCCAAAUGACUCGUUACUCCAAUCACGACCAUCGUCGUCUUCUCUCUUCUCCUGCUGUAUUCCCUUGCCGAGACGUCUCUCCCUCCACUCUUCUCACAUCUUUGAUCUCUCUCUCCCUCGAUAUCUGUAAUUUUCAAUCCAGGUUCUUCCCCACGCAGAAGCGCAAUGCCAGGGAAAUCAUACGCCAGGUUAGUAUUAUCCUCAUAUUCCUCCAGGAACUUGCUGAAAUCCCCAAACAAUCCCCUGUUCUCUGCUUCUCCGAGCUCCACUUUAGUUUCCAGAAGAUAUUGUUCUUGCUUCAAGACUGCACUCGUGACGGUGCCAGAUUAUGGAUGCUAAUGAAAUCCCAAUACGUUGCCUCCGAAUUUCGGGUUCUGAUUCGUGGGGUUGCCACUGCUCUUGACGUAUUGCCUCUUCAUUGGAUGAAGGUUUGUGGUGAAGUGAAGGAAUUGGUGGAACUCGUAGCCAACCAAGCUCGGAAAGUGAAGUUCGAAGUCCCCCGUGACGAUGAAGAGAACUCAAAACGAGUUCGUUCAAUCUUGCGUCAGUUUGAGAAGGGAGUCGAACCUGACGUAGCAGAUAUGAAGCCAGUCUUAGAUUAUCUAGAGAUAAAGACUUGGGCUGACUGUAACAAUGAGAUCGAAUUCUUACUAGAUGAAAUGGAUUUCCAGCGCUCUGAAUGCGACGAGCGUGAGGUUCCCCUUCUGAGUGGUUUGAUCGGAUUCUUGAGCUAUUGCAGGGGAGUGAUAUUCGAAACUCAUGAUUGUCGCAAACACACAGAUUUCUCAGAAGGAACGUAUAGUUCAGAGAUGAUUAAAUGUAUGAACCCAGAGGAUUUUCGAUGCCCAAUUUCGCUUGAGCUGAUGAUGGACCCAGUAACUGUAUCAACAGGUCAGACCUACGACCGAACUUCCAUACAAAAAUGGCUCAAAUCUGGAAACAAAAUCUGCCCCAAAACAGGGGCAAAGCUGAAGAACACAGACUUAAUCCCAAACACAGCGCUCCGAAAGCUUAUACAGCAAUUAUGCGUCGCCAAAGGCGUUUCCCUGACCAAAUUAAACAAUCAAAGUUGCGAUAUAGCGAAGACCAUCGUGCCGGGAAGCCCCGCAGCAGCCCACGCCACUCAAUUUCUCUCCUGGUUUCUUGCUCGAAGACUCGUUUUUGGAACAAUGGAGGAGAAGAACAAAGCAGCAUACGAGAUUCGUUUGCUCGCAAGGUCCAACAUUUUCAACCGGUCGUGUCUGAUCCAAGUGGGGACAGUGUCCCCUCUGCUCCUCCUUUUGUCAACGAGAGACAACUCCACGCAAGAGAACGCCAUUGCCGCUCUGUUGAAGCUGUCAAAGCAUAACAAAGGCAAAGAAGCCAUAAUUGAGAAUGGAGGCCUAAAGUCAAUUGUCACGGUUCUCAAGAAAGGAUUAAGCCCAGAAUCACGCCAAAUCGCAGCUGCCAUCAUAUUCUAUCUUGCUUCUGUGAAACAACACAGAAAAUCAAUAGGAGAAAACCCAGAGGUAAUUCCUUGUCUAGUUGAACUGAUGAAGGAAGGAACAACGUGCGGGAAGAAGCAUGCCAUGGUCGCUAUCUUCGGGCUUCUCUUAAACACGAGUAAUCAUAAAAGAGUAAUUGAAGCCAAUACUGUUCAGGUGCUUGUGGAUAUGCUGACUUCCUCAGAGAAGGAUGAUGUAGCGACAGAUUCGUUAACAGUUCUUGGGGCUUUAGCAGAGAACAGUGAAGGAGCCGAAGCCAUGAUGAAGGCGUCGGCCCUGCCUCAGAUCAUAGGGAUACUGAAAUCAACAGGGAAGAAUUCAGGGAAAGAGCACUGCGUUUCGAUUCUGCUAUCGCUGUGCGUGAAUGGAGGAGAAGAUGUGAUAGGGGUAAUGGCGAAAGACCCAUCGAUAAUGGCUUCAUUGUAUUCGCUUCUCACGGACGGGACUAGUCGUGCUACAAAGAAAGCUCGCUUCCUCAUCAGGAUUUUACACGAAUUUAACGAAAAACCAAUCUGUUCGGUUGCUGAACAACAGACUCUUGAAGUUAUUGAUUUGUUAGGUAGAAAUUGAAAAGGGCUUAUGUAUAUAAUUAUUGGCAAAAUUUUGCUUCUUUUUUUUUUUUUUUGGUUGGGAGAAAGAGAAGGGAAUUUGUGGAAUUAGCUCAUGUUUUUUACCUCCAAGGAGCUAAUUUCAGGGAGUGGGGCUUUGCAUCAGUCCCAUUCCAUUGCAAAGUUUUGUGUAUCCUGCUGUAUUCUUUUCAAAUGGCCGGUUUGAAAUAAACAGAUAAUUCAGUGGCAUGAAUUUGGAUU